GACCGAGGACUGGUGGCGACGGAGUUUGUUGUUAACGGCCGACGGUCGACACGUUGAGCUGAUCAACAGAACAACAACGUCUACAGUGGUCUAGUACUGUGCCUUAACGUGAUCACCUGCAGCAUAACAUAACAACAAUGUCUACAGUGACUGACAGUGGUCUAGUACUGUGGCCUUAACGUGAUCACCAGCAGAACAACUUUAAUGGUUUGUGGGCCUCUGUGAUCACCCUAUUCAAGAUGUCUGACAGUAUUAAAGAGUUAUUUGUGAGCAUUUAUGGCGGGCCAAUAUAUUUCACAAUGAAAGCUUGCACCGAGAAAAAAGAACUUCAACAGCUCAUUAGUUGUUGGGGUGGUGAAAUGACUGAAACUACGGGACCACACACAAUACACUUGGUGUCCAAAGGAGAAGAGGCUCCCAAAACUGGGGACUCCUUUCAUGUCCAGUAUAUAUAUGAUUGUAUUGACAAGGAGCGACUCUUAUUAAUUGAUAAAUACAGAGUGAACAAAAAUUCCUGCUAUGUUGGAAAUAUGACAGCAAUGUGGGUGAUGCUUGGAAAAUCCUCAUGGCCAGAUUGUCAGCUCAAAAGGUGGGUUCUCUAAUAAUCACCCAUGAAU